AUGGGACUUCGCGCAGCCAAUGGGCAACUCGAACAGGUGUCGCGUUCCGCAGGUCAUUCGUAUGCGCGUUCAUCAGCGCGUGACAUAUCGCGUGACAUAGCGCGUGUUGCAGAGCCACACGUACAUGCGUUGCUGCACGCGCUAAUUAUCAAGUCGGCUUACCUCUUUUUCUGUUUCUUUCGCCAUCUGUUCAUAUCUGUGUUAUUUUAUUCAUAUCUAUCUAUCUAUCUAUCUAUCUAUCUAUCUAUCUAUCUAUCUAUCUAUCUAUCUACCGUUUGGUACAGAGCUAUCUAUCUAUCUAUCUAUCUAUCUAUUUAUUCUCUCUUUUUCAGUCUGUUCAUAUCUAUCUAUCUAUCUAUCUAUCUAUCUAUCUAUCUAUCUAUCUAUCUAUCUUCAAUUCUGACAAAUGCCAUUCCUGUAAUACUCUUCUGUUGUACUUACUGUUUAAUAUAUGAUAUAUCUGCAACACUUAUCUAUCUAUCUAUCUAUCUAUCUAUCUAUCUAUCUAUCUAUCUAGGGCAUUACAUAUUACGAGUUCCUCCUGAAAAAUCCGAUGUUUUUAAAUAUAAAUCUAUCUAUCUAUCUAUCUAUCUAUCUAUCUAUCUAUCUAUCUAUCUAUCUGAACUGUUAAACAAAAAUAACACUAUCUAUCUAUCUAUCUAUCUAUCUAUCUAUCUAGCUCAGUCUGUUCAUUAUCUAUCUCCUCUGUUCAUUAUCUAUCUAUCUAUCUAUCUAUCUAUCUAUCUACCCAAGUCUAUUUAUAUCUAUAUAUGA